AUGGCACAAACCUCACAACCUCCACGGUCGCCCAUCUCUCAACAUAAAUCAUCCAGUCGUCCGUCUAUGUCCAUGAGAUCUGCUACGGCGCCAGAAAAGAUGGACGUGAAUGGCCAUAUGGCCUCUCGAGGCCAGAACGGCCAUGCCAAUUUCGAGCAUGGUGUUCAGGUUAUCGAUGAGGACAAGGAGUUCAAUCCUGAUCUAGGGAAGUACCUGUCCUAUGAAGACAUCGCCCGCUCUGGAUUCAACUACCACCUAGUAUCCGUCUUCGGUUCGCAGUCAACUGGUAAAUCGACCCUCCUUAACGCACUCUUUGGAACGAGUUUCAAUGUCAUGUCUGAGUCAGAAAGAAGGCAGACCACAAAAGGUAUAUGGAUGUCCAAAAACAAGUCGUCGAUAAAAGGAAUGGCAGACAACAUCCUUGUUAUGGAUGUGGAAGGUACUGAUGGUCGAGAAAGAGGUGAGGACCAGGAUUUCGAGAGGAAGAGCUCGCUCUUCGCGCUGGCUACCAGUGAGGUCUUGAUGGUCAACAUCUGGGAACACCAAGUCGGCUUGUAUCAGGGUGCCAACAUGGGUCUGUUGAAGACUGUGUUUGAAGUCAACUUGCAGCUCUUUUUGAGGGACAGGAAAACAACAUCAAGAAGCUUGAUUUAUUUUGUGGUCAGAGACUUUUUAGGCACAACACCCCUGCAGAACUUGCGAAAUACUUUGAUGCAGGAUAUGGCAAAGAUAUGGACCGGAUUGAACAAACCACAGGGACUUGAGAACAGCAGCAUCGACGAUUACUUUGACUUUGCUUUCACUGCCCUGCCUCACAAGAUAUAUGCUCCAGAAAAGUUCGAGCAGGCUGUCAAGGACAUGGCUACCAGGUUCAAGGAAGCGCAACGAGAUCCAAGAAGAGACCCUCUACGUUCCGAAUUUGAAAGUGGUGUGUUCAUGUCCGAGUAUCAUAGACGUAUACCUGCCGACGGUCUUCCUCACUAUGCCGAGGGAAUUUGGGAUCAGAUUGUCAACAACAAGGACCUGGAUCUACCUACACAACAAGAACUUCUAGCCCAAUUUCGGUGUGACGAGAUCAUGCGUGAGGUCAUGGUUGCUUUUGAUCAGACCAUUACACCUUUUGAGACCAAGCAAACAAGUGCUGCGAGCUUGGGUCAACAUGAGGUAAUAGAAGGUCUCGGUGCUGCCAUGACAACCGCUCGUUCCAGGACUGUACAGGACUUCGAAACCGAAGCAGGUAGAUACCACAAAGGCGUCUAUCAACGAAAGCGCACAGAGCUAGAAAGCAAGAUCGACACGAGGUUAAAGGCUCUUUUCGCUGGCCAACUUACUGCUGCUCAUAAAAACGGCAUCUCGAAAUUCUCGGAAGCAGUGUCGAAUGAAGUCAAAGCUGGUCAAAAGAAAGGUGCAGCCUACGAUUUUGCCGAGAUUGUCUCUAGGCAAAAGCAAGCCGCCCUCAAAGAAUAUGAAACUCAAGCUAAGGCUGUUGUGCUGGAAGGAGUAGAAUGGUCAAGUUACAAGCAGGAAUCUGCUCUGUUUCAGAAAGAGAUUGAUCAGGUGUCGGGUCAGCUUCGUCGUGAUGAGAUGAGACGACUUGCGACGAGAGUUGAGCGGUGGGUAAAGAGCAAGCUGAAUGAUAGCGUGGGACUAGAGUUCAAUGCUAUCGGCUCCGGUCGUGGAGGCUCUGGCGCGCCAGAUGGUGAAUCAGGAGACAAACCUUCAGAGCAACAAAUUUGGGAUAGGAUAUGGACUGUAUUCACCACAACAGUCACAGAGGCCGAAAAGCGCUUCUCAGAUCGUGCACGUGCUUUCGAUGCAUCAGAAGACGAGAUCGAGGUCGGGAAGUGGAGGCUGCGACGAAAAUCGUGGACUGCUUUACGGGCUAAGAUUGAUGAAGAAAUGAUGGAAGGCAAUCUUUUGCUAAAACUGAGGGAGAACUUCGAAGACAAAUUUAGGUACGACGAAGCUGGUGUACCUCGAAUAUGGAGACCUACAGACGAUAUGGACGGCUUGUUCAGGUCGGCACGAGAAAGCACCUUGACACUUAUCCCUCUGCUGUCAAAGUUCAGAUUGUCACAAGCAGGCGGGAAGCCACCACCUCUUGAUGACUGGAUUGGAAAUGCACCACCAUCGGCAACAGGAGCUGAUGAGGAGGAUCUUGUACCAAUUGGGGGCAUAGACGAGGAGGAAGGCAAAAGUUUGGAAGAGGAAACUACUAUGCUUUCCGAAACGAAAAGGCAGGACCUCACUGUGCGGUUCAAAAAGGCAGCUGAGGGUGUGUUUGUCGAAGCGAAGCGAUCGACCGUCAGCGGUAUGCAGAGUGUUCCACUCUACUUCUACGCUAUUCUAUUGGCACUGGGCUGGAAUGAACUGGUUGCUGUCCUCCGCAACCCAGUUUAUUUCAUCUUCCUUGCCAUGCUCGGCGCCGCAGCCUACGUCACCUGGACCUUGAACCUCUGGGGUCCAAUCAUGAACAUGUCCAACGCGGCAGGCACACAAGCUCUAGAAGAAGGCAAAAAACGUCUACGAGAAUUCCUCGAGUCCUCGGAAACGGGUCGCCAAGCAAUAGGCAUGACUCCCGACAGCUUCGAGCUUAAGAGUAUGAACAGCUCGAGGAGUAGCGGUGGCACAAGUUCAAGGAAGGCGAAGGUCGAAGAGGAGGAUGUGGAGGACAUAUGA